AUGCGAGCCAGCCCCAUCCGCAUCCCGACUGUCAGCAGUGACACCGACUGGGACUUCUGCUUCCAUCUGUCACAGCAAACCAAGAUCCCAGAGCAUCAGCAAACAGAUGAGUUGUAUCCCACUAGUGGGUCUGGAGAGAGCGAACAAGAUGCUAAAGCCAAGGAAGAGAAGGCCAUAGACCGUAUGUCUCUUCCCAAAGAGAAACUGGCCCAAUCCCAGAAGAAAGUAGCUCAGCUGAUUAAGGGAAAAAUGAUAAUAAAACAAAAAACUCACUGGAAUACCCAAGCAAAUGAGGAGCUGAUUCGCUGUGUCAUCCUUUCUCGGAUUAUUUUUGGGGAAGAACCCUGGAAAUGUGCACAGGCUUUGGCCACCCUGGCUUAUGGCUACGUGACACUGAGAGGUCUCCCAGCUUAGGCCAAGAAACAUGCCGAGUCUGCCAAGAACACACUGCUGACCUGGAAGGGAAACACGACCUCAGACAAGGAGAGAAAGGAAAUCCUGGACACUCUGGUCAUGCUCUACUGCACUCUGGGGGUGGCCUGGCUCCUACAGAGUUGUGGCAGAGAGGCUUAUUUCAACCUGCAGACGUCAGAGAGAAACAUGGAGGAGCUGAAAAAAUCAUAUAAGGGAGGUGCUUCUGGAUUACAGGUCUCAGAGAAAGACCUAACAAUUGCUUUGGGCAGAGCCUCCUUGGCCAACCGCAGGUUAAACCUAGCUCUGGCAUACUUUGAAAAGGCAGUUGACAAUGUUAUUGCUGCUAAGGGUAAUAGGACAUCAGAUCUGGUUGGUCUUUACGAGGAAAUUGCUCAGAUCGAGCAGCGGAGGAGGAACCAUGACCAGGCCAUCCAGUACUUGCAGCAGGCCUAUUCUAUCUGUGUUUCUUUGUUCACUGAAGUCAGCCCCCAAGCUGCAGAGGCGAGCACGUUACUAACGAAGGCUUAUGCCAUGUCUGAAGAGGCCCAACACAGGGAUGCUGUUGAGAUAUAUUUUAUAAAAAGCAUCACUGCAUAUCAAACAACAUCGGGCCCAGAGGAUUAUGAAACACUGAAGACCAUUGAAGAAUUUUGCAAAUGGCUUGUUCAAAAUGGGGAAAAACAGUGUCUGAUGAUUCAAAUCCUCAUAUAUGGAAAUGAGCACUGUAAAAGCGGAGACACAGAAAACCUCCUUAGCCUAAUGCAGAGGCUGUGUGGACCAGAAAUUCGAGAUACAUUAGACGUUAAAGAAAUGGAUAAGAAAUCCAUGGAAUGUGUGUAUGUUAAACAAGAAAACGUAGCAGUUUACCCACUACCUUCCAUGAAAGGUCCACUUAAGGCAAACCUGACAAUAUUCCAGAGAUGGGAUUGUCCUAAUCCAUUCAGCAACAAGCAACCAGAAAUCUUUGGACAAAAUGGCAGGAAGUAA